AUGCCACCCACCCUUGUCCUUAUCCGUCACGCGCAAGCCGAACACAAUGUCGCCAGCGACUGGUCCAUCCGCGAUGCACCACUCACCGAGCUCGGCAAGCAGCAGAGCGUUGAGCUACAAGAGAGCCUGAAACAAAGCAAGAUCGGCAAUGAAGUAGAGCUUAUUGUUGUCAGCGCACAACGUCGCACGCUACAGACCGCCUCCAUAGGACUGGACUGGUUGAUCAAGAAAGGUAUCAAAGUCAUCCCGGACGCCGGCUGGCAGGAAAACUGCGACAAGCCCUGCGACACAGGAUCUCCCAUUCCUGUCAUCGCUGCCGAGUUCCCACAGUUUGACUUCAGGAGCGUCGAUCCCAAGUUCCCUGACAAGACUACCGAUGUCGCCAACAAUCCAUAUGCCUUUACCCAAAAAGCGAUUCUUGCGCGUGGCCAGACCUGUCUUAAGGCGCUCUAUGACCGUCCGGAGAAGGUCAUUGCCGUUGUUUCACAUUCUGGCUUCCUUCGCACCGCCGUGUGCAACCGCAUGUUCUUCAAUGCAGAUUGGCGAGUGUUUGACUUUGAUCAGUCUGAGAUGGACAAGAGCAAGGCGGAUCAUGAGGCGAAAUUCGUGCUGAGAGAGUGGGAGGAAACAGAGAAAAACGGAGGUGGAAUGGGGAGGAGCGACGUGGGCGUAUUUGGUGUGGUUGAUGGAGAUUUCCCGCCCGAGGUCGAGGACGCAAUCAAAGACCAGCAGGCAAAGACAGAUGGUCAGGUUCAAGAAUUAGAUGAAGCGACGAUGUUGUCAAUUGAACCGGGCGAGCCUUACCCACCUUUCGCCUUGCUGCAACCACCGACCGUCUUCUCCAUGCGACGCAAUUCUCUUUUUCGAGCGGCACACGCCGCGUUGCUCUCUGCAAUUCUCUUGCUUCUCCUUGGCUCAGCGAACGCGACGUGUUUCUAUCCCAAUGGCGACACCGCAGACUCGGAACAUUUCCCAUGUGAUUCCAGUGCCAGCGGCGGAACAACGUGCUGUGCAGUGGGCUUCGAGUGCCUGAGCAACGGCUUGUGCAAUGACUACCGGUACCCAAACUGGGAGAGGUUGUUAAGAGGCGCGUGCACAGAUACAGGAUUUGGAGGCGCGUGCAGCAAUGUCUGUGUUGACCUAUGGCCACAGGGUGAUGAAGCGGUUUGGUACUGUAAUGGUGGAAACUACUGCUGUGGUGUAGAUGAUACGUGUUGCACGGAUGCCAGUGUGGAGAAACAUGAUCUUGGGGAGCCGGACGUUGUCGCGGUGGCAGGGAGCAGCACAAAGAUUGCGUCGGCAUCGAGCACUAGCGCCGUCUCCACAUCCACUGCAGUUACAAAUGCCAAAACACCAAGCAGUUCCGGAACAAACAACACCCUUCAAAUCGCCAUAGGUGUAGCCGUCGCCCUCGGCAUAGUACUGUUGGUCCUGCUGUUCAGUGGUUGCUGGUACAUACGACGAAAGAGAUCCUCGCCGCCCCAACAACGCAUUAGCAUAUUCGUGAUUGUUACCGACUUCCGGGACUUUGUGAGACGUAAAACCUCGCCACGCCAGAGAAUGGGAUACGAAGGCCCAAAUGUAGUGCAUGAGGCACCAGCUAGUCAGAGCCAAGGAUACAAAUUCGACGAAAAGCUGGGAGGGUGGACUAACGCUAGUGAGGGUUCGAACGGGAACUUAUACGAGGCUGCGGGCGAAAGAGGUAUUGAGAUGCCUGCUCAGGGUGAUCCGCUAGAAAUGGAUAGUGUCAAUGGAGGACGUCGGAGAGCAGAGUAG